UUAGCUAACUAACAAAUUUGGUGCAUUCUUGUGAUGUGUUUUUUUUUAUUUUAUAAAUCCAUGCCGGUUUCUAUAAACAUUUAUAUCCCGUUAACCAUCAUCGAAAUAUUGUAAUUUGCCACGUUCUGUUGGAAUAAAAAUGUUUUUAAAUGUUUAUUGAGCUGUAAUUAAGAAGAAUAUUACCAAUAAUAUUCAAUCAUGUCAAGCAUGUCAGAUCGUAAAGCAGAGUUGGAACGGAAGAAGGCGAAACUCCAGGCUCUCCGUGAGGAAAAAGACAGAAGGAGAAGGGAAAAAGAACAAAAAGAUGCAGAGGAAGCACUGCAAAGGGCUUCGGCUGCAUCCAGCUUGGAUAAUCGGCGCGACCUAGAUGAGAUGUUGUCAUCGUUAGGUGUGGCUCCAGUGAAGGAUGUACUGUCAUCUCUUUCGUCCAUGACUUCACUUACACCACCUCAGACAGCCUCUCCAGAUGCCAGCCUGCCACAUACUGACAAAUCUAGUUUACCUUCACAAGGUGGUCCCAAGAAACCUCCUCAACUACAAGUGGUGUCAGUGCAGUCCACAGAUAUCCCACCCAAGGAGAAUGUCACAUAUGCCAAGCAGACGCAGACUACCACCUCUGGGGUCACUGAACUGAGAGAUGGAUACAUGGAGGACUGGUGGCGGCCGCGGAAAGCGCACGCAACCGACUACUACGAUGAGUACAAUCUAAACCCGGGUUUAGAGUGGGAGGACGAGUUCACAGGCGACGAGGAGGAAGCCGCGUUCCACGGGAAACUGCCGCCGGGGAUCCUGCCUCAUGGACUGCCUACUGUCAAGGAAGUGCAGCCAGCAGUCACUGCAGUCCCGGAAGACAAGAAGGAAGAGGAAAAGGAGAAGAAAGUCCGCGAGCUGAGCGCGGACGAGAAGCAGACGAUCCUGCUGUCGGCGGAGUUCCAGCGGUUCAUGUCGCGCGCCGGCCGCGUCAUCGAGCGCGCGCUGGCCGAGGCCGUCGACAUCUACACCGACUACACCGGCGCCGGCGACGCCGAGAACGCGCUGGAUGACAAAUCGGACGCUCGCCUUUCUCUCGUCCGUACAUUCUACGACGAGCGCUGGUCGCGAGGUCGCUGCGUCACCUGCCUGGACUGGAGCACGGCGCAUCCCGAGCUGAUGCUGGCCUCCUACCACAACAGCGACGAUGCUCCUCACGACCCCGACGGAGUCUGUCUAGUGUGGAACACCAAGUUCAAGAAGCCCACGCCUGAAGACAUCUUCCACUGCCAGUCGCCAGUUAUGAGUGCCACAUUCGCUAGGUUCCACCCCAACUUGAUCCUGGGCGGCACGUACUCCGGCCAGAUUGUGCUGUGGGACAACCGUGUACAAAAACGGACGCCUGUACAGAGAACGCCGCUUUCAUCGCUGGCGCAUACGCACCCCGUAUACUGCCUAUCGGUAGUAGGCAGUCAGAACGCCCACAACCUAAUCUCCGUGUCUACCGACGGGCGCCUCUGUUCCUGGUCUUUGGACAUGCUAUCAGCUCCACAAGAGACCCUGGACUUGCAGCAUCGCCAGUCCAAACCCGUGGCCGUCACCGCCAUGGGAUUCCCACAUGGGGACGUCAAUAACUUCGUGCUGGGAAGCGAGGAUGGAGACGUUUAUACUGGUUGUUUAUACGGGCAACGAGCGGGUAUAGCAGAAUGCGUGGAAGCUCACGCCGGGCCCGUGACUGCAUUAUCCUGUCACAGCGCCCCGGGGAAUGCUUCCUUAUCGCAUCUGUACUUGACAGCCUCCGUCGACUGGAGCGUCAAACUGUGGAGCCUCAAGGAGAACAAGCCGCUAUACUCGUUCGAGGACAGCGGCGAUUACGUAUCGGACGUGCGUUGGUCGCCCGCGCACCCGGCGCUGUUCGCGGCCGUCGACGCGGCCGGACGACUCGACCUGUGGAACCUGAACCGGGACACGGAGGUGCCCGUAGCGUCGAUACAAGCAGAAGGCGGGGUCGCCUUCAACCGCGUAUCUUGGACUCCGGGGGGCACCCACAUCACUGCCGGCGAUGAUUGCGGCAAGAUAUGGGUCUACGAGCUGGCAGAGCACAUGGCUCAGCCUCGCCACGACGAAUGGACUAAACUGGUGUACACAUUGCAAGAGUUGCGCCACAACCAGGCCGACGACGACUGCGAUCGCCUCACCGGCCCGCCCUCACUAGCCAGCCUGUCAUCGCUGGGCAAUCCGCUAAGGUGACAACAAUUGAGGCCAUGAGAACCAUAGUGGCCUAACUAUUUUUUUACAAUAUUGAGUUUAUGAUUUUUUCCAGUUCAAAUUGAUCAUUUUGAUAGAACCAGAGUGAUCUUAAAGUAAUACAACGAAUAUUCACUAGAUGGCAGCCUAAUUACUGUUACGGUUGUCUGUGAUCUAAAUUUUAGGUGCCGUACUGGCCUAAGUAACAUAGGCCACUAUGGUUAAAAAAUUAGUUAGGCCAUGGCCUCAUUUCUACUUUAAAUUACUAAGCGAAUAUCAUUAUUAGCCUAUUAAUGUCCGCACUGCUGGGGCACAUUUCUUACCUAUGGAUGGAAUAGGGAGAUUG